UUUCCUCUCCUCCGUCAUCUCUCCCAUUUCUUCCUCAAAUCUCUCUUUUCGCGUCAAUGAAAUUUUAAACCUUUUGAAUUUCUUAUUGAAAGUUUACAUUUUUUCUGUUGAAUCCAACUAUGUUAAGAUUGAGAAGUCUCUUGUCGCUGAAAAGUUCUUCGAUUGUAGAAUUGUCAUCACCAAACGCAACAGAAGCAAUUCGUUUCGCUCCAUUUCAUUCGACGAGUGUUUUGUCGGAGAAAUCGAGGAAUAACUUUGGUUCUGAAAGAGCUUCUGAAGGCGAACGAUCUUCAAAGAACUCUUCCAUAAGAUUCACAUGUACUGUUAAGGAGAAGGGUCGUACUAGUGCUAAGAAGACUGUGGAUAAACUCCUUUUCCACAGGGGAAUUAAUGAUCCGCUUCAGAAUGAAUGGCAUUUCGGGCCAAAUCCGCUUAUCCGGGAUAGGCAUAUGAAGAAAAAGCCUCCGCCUGGCAGGGGAAAGAAGCCUCGGGAUAAGAAAACAAAACGAUGGCACAGAGAAGGAAAUGCCGAUGAUGACUUUGGUACUGAUGCUAAUAAUACAUUCGAGAACAAAUGGAGAGAACGCUGGACAACUCAAUCACAGAAGGCCUCAUAUUCGAAAGACUCGGCAUCGGGAUUUGAAUGGAGAGAAGGCUGGAGCUGGACAACUCAAUCUCAAAGGAGCAAAAGUUGGAAUAAUGAGUCUUUUGAUGAACCUUUGAAUGUUGGGACUCGAUCUGAGAGGACUGUUCUGGGCUUGCCUCUUGAUGGUCCCAUCAAGAUUGAUGAUGUUAAGAAUGCCUUCCGAUCUGCUGCGUUGAAGUGGCAUCCGGAUAAGCACCAGGGGCCUUCUCAGGCGGCAGCGCAAGAGAAAUUUAAACUCUGCGUUGAUGCAUACAAGUCUCUCUGUUCUGCACUCGCUUGACGUUACACAUAGGCAUUGAUGCACCAUUUUAGUAUUAGUUGAUAAGGUUGCUUCUGAAACGAUUUCGAGAGAUCCACCGGUUUUUAGAUGAUGGGUUUGAUUCAUGAGAAUCCACCAGCUACAAGAUUGCACACCAAUGUGUCUCUCAUCCUUUUCCAACAUUUGAUAACAAAAACAAGAUAUGUGAAAGAUUAUGCUAGUGCCCAUCUCUGAGCUGGUCAUAAAACAUUUUAAUUUAAACACUGAUGUAAAAGACAAUAACUUAAAGCAAUUUAUUUUGUACACAACACUAUUGAAGCAA